CUGUACCAAGAAAGCAGUAACUUUUGUGCUACAAAUGACUCAGGGUCACACAAAAUUUAUGCAGUAAUGUCUGAGUCAAAUCACUCAGAAAAGCAGUUCUUUUGUUCCAUUUGUUCAAAGGUAUUUGAAAGGCUGAUAACCCUGAUGUGCGGACACAGCUUGUGUGAAGUCUGUGCUCAACAGAUGGGUGAUAUAAAUGAAAACAACAAACAGCACAACUGCCCCCAGUGCAAACAAAGUUCUACAGGGCCUGAAGUGCAAAUAAACUCCACUGUAAAUGGAGUGAUGGAUAUGAAUUCCAAGGCAGACAACAGUGAGGAACAAACGAUUGCUGAGGAUGGAGUCUUUAAUCCAGACGAGGUUAUGUGUGAUUUCUGCAUUGAGGUGAAGGUGAAAGCUGUGAAGUCUUGCCUUACCUGUAUGGUGUCCUACUGUGGGGACCACCUGAGGCCUCAUCUGGAGAACAUUAAACUACAGCACCACCGUCUGAUAAUGCCACUGACAGACAUGGAGAUGCAGACAUGUGAGACGCACAAACAACAGCUGGUGAUCUUCUGCCAGUCCGAUCACAAGUGUCUGUGUGAGGAGUGCUACACAACGGAACAUGCAGCACAUGACACCUUACCACUGAUAGCAGCAAGAAAAGAAAAAGAGAUUGAACUUCAACAAAUGGAAUCCAAACUGGAUCAGCAGAUACAGGCCGCAGAGAAUGCUGUUAACAAGUUACAGGGCAACGUUACGUCCAUUGAGAGUUCCAUGGCAGACAUUAAAGAUAAAACAGAGGAUGAAUUCAACAAGCUAAUGGCAGCUGUGAAGGAGGCCCACAAAGAAACUCUGGAAUUCUUGGAGAAUGAACAGCGCACAUCUGUGAACCAGGCUAACAGCAUCAGAACCCACCUGGAGCAGAAGUGCACUGAACUCAAGAAAAACAAAGACCAGAUCAGACGGUUCAAGAGUCAUAGCGAUGCCCACUUUAUACAGGAAAUCUGUGAAUGGAAGAAAAACGUCACUGAGGAUCCCCUUCCGAGUAUUUACAUUGGGCUGAAAGACAGGCUGUCAGGUAUAGGAAAGGUGGUGUCUGAAUCUUCAGAGAAUAUCAUUCAACUUUUGCAGACAUCUUACAUGAAAAAGCUUCAGGAACUGGUUAAAGAAGAAAAAUGCGGGAUUAAAACCAUGGUAGCUGCUGUUGUUGCACCCAAGCAUCGUAUUUCUGCUCCAGACCCAGAGACUAGAGCUGACUUUCUUCAGUAUGCAUCGACACUGACAUUUGAUAAAGACACAGCCCACAGAUAUCUGCGUCUCUUGGAUGAUAAUCAUAAGGUAACUAAUGUCAGUCCAUGGCAGCAGUCCUAUCCUGAUCACCCAAAGAGAUUUGAGAACUGGCAGCAGGUUUUAUGCUCUGAAAGCCUCUACAUCGGUCGGCAUUACUUUGAAGUAGAACUACGUGGAGAGGGUACUUAUGUUGGAAUGACAUAUGAGAAUAUUCCCAGAAAAGGAUCAGAGAGUGACAGCUGCAUUACAGGUAGCAAUUUCUCCUGGUGCAUCAAAAGGAACAACAAGGAGUUUUCUGCCUGGCAUAACAAUGUACAAGUACCUAUAGAAGGUAGGAUGUUUAACAGAAUAGGAGUCUAUCUGGAUUUUGGAAAGGGGACACUGGCAUUCUAUGGUGUUACCAGCAAGAUGACUUUAAUGCAUACAUUUAUAGAAAAAAUUUCUGAACCACUUUUCCCAGCAUUCUGGCUCUCAAAAAAGGAGACCAGUGUUCAGCUGAUGUCUUUGAGAGAGGGAGAAACUGAAACAUGCUCCACACCUGAAACAGUAAAGGCUCCAGUUGAACUCCCAUCUGUUAUUCCAGCUUCAGAUUCUGGAUCUGACAUUUCAUCCCCAGGCAGUACUACUAACAACUCUGAAACCAUUUCUUCAGAACAAGCAUCUUCCAAUUCAGUCAAUGAAAUUGUUCUUUCACCACCUGAAGAUGACAGGGCAAACAUCACAAGAGUGGGGAAUGCUGACAGCUCUGCCCUUGAAGCAGAUUCUAGCACUGCAGUAUUCCCAGCAGAAAAUGGAAUAAUGAAAUCCUGUCAAAUGAAAGCAGCUCCUGCCUGUCUAGGUACUGUGGCAACUACCAUCAGCCCUGGGACAGCAAAUGCCAUCACAGAACUAUCUACUGAUUCUGCGUCUACCAAUCACAUAUCUGACAAGCUCAUAGCUCUGACAAUCAAUGGGUCACUGCCAAUUACCACAGCCUCCACCUACACAACUGAUUCCUCCAGUAGCAAGCUGGUCAUGGCACAACAGGACAUUAGCUGUGUUUCAGACUGCCAGUCUGUGAAAACAGCUACUUCGACUUCCAAAAUCAUGACAUAUACCGUGGAAUGGAACACAAAAACAGAGUAAAUUAGUAGAACACUACUUUCCAUUCUUAAUGUGACUCUCUCUCACAUAGCUAGUUAUUAUUCUAGCAAAACAAGUAUAUUCUAUUAAACUAGAAAGAAAACUGUAAGUCUACAAGUGUAGCUCAUAUUAUUGUCUGUAGAGCAGAUUCACUGCUGUAAAAACAGUGUCACUAAAUCCCGCAUGUGAUUACUCAGUAUUAUUUUUCAGUGUUGCUGGUAUUGCAUUAUAUUACUAAUACAAUACAAA